UAAAUCAAUGCUUCUCCAAAUACACUCUGAGCUUUGAUUUGCGAUUUCUAGUAUGAUGAACCCUAAUCCCAAUCUCGUUUAUGGUUUUCCUAAUCUUGAUGAAUCUCGUUUAUGAAUUUGCUUAAUCUUACAGUCUCAUUCAUGCACAUACAGUUUUGGUCGCGAUUCAUAGUCAAUUCGUGUGCAUUGUGUUCCGUUGUUCGAGUUGAACCUGCGCUCUGUUUUCCUGAUAUACUUUUGUUCAAGUCCCGUUGCUCAUUGCGCUCCCGGAUUUAGCUUUUGGAGUGAUGAAAAGAAAAGGCAAAAGCAAAACAGAAGAACUUAUUGUGGAAAAGAAGACAAAAAGGAAGAACAAAAAAAAUGUUGAUGCUGAGACAGACAUUACAUUGAAUAUUCAAGAUGGAGUUGUGAACGAUCAUGCCUUGGAAGCUAAAGAGAUCCAAGACUUUAAGGAGCAUGGAGUAGCAAAUAUUGUAGCAGCAAUUAAACCCUGUAGGUCAAAGAAAACUAAGAAAAAGAGGAGAAAGGAAGAGAGUUUUGGGAAGGAGCUUCCAAAGUCACCAGAAAAGGAAGGGGCCCCUGAUCUUGAUGAGAUUUAUGUUGUUUCUUCUGGAGAUGAGGACUGUUCAAAAGGAAUGAAAAAGUGGGUCAUGGAAUACCAUGAAAGUAGAUUAGGCUUGAAGGUAUUGCAACACCAAAUUGAUGACUUUAUAACUGCUCAUGAAGAAAAAUUGGAAGAGGAAAGAAGAGAGAAAGAAGCCCAUGCUGCAGAAGGGGGUUGGACUGUUGUAGUGCACCAUAAGGGUAGGAAGAAAACUACCGACUCUGAAAGUGGAGUGGCUGUUGUCUCUGUUGCCCAAGCUGCUGUGGAGAAUAAAAUGGCCAAAAAGAAGCAUAAAGGAGUGGGACUAGAUUUUUACCGCUUUCAGAAAAAAGAAGCCCAGAGAAAUGAGAUCAUGACCCUGCAGAGCAAAUUUGAGGAGGACAAAAAGCGCCUGCAGCAGUUGAGAGCUGCCAGGAAAUUUAGACCAUAUUGAAACAGUUUCUAGCAUAGUGGGCCCAGAAUUAUUUUUAUUUUCGGAUGAUAGGAUACAUGUCCUGGAGAUGACUUGUCCCAGAGACCACAAAACUAGGACAGAUUGGUUAAUUUAACACCACGAUUUUGUCUAAUGUAUUUCACAAUUUAGUGUACCCAAGUGUUAAUUGUAAUUUAAGUUGCAUAAAGUCCAGAAGAAAAUUGAGUUAUAUGAUUUUGUAGGGUUGAUGAAUCUGCUCACUUGGCCCGUUC